AUGUUGAUCGAUGUGUUGCUUGCCAAUAACAAAGUGCGCAUGCGCGAUUCUUCUGCCGUAGAACAGAAACUUAAUCAGAUUAUCAAUGCUAGCAAGAAUAAACUUUUGGUUGUCUCAGAUUUUGAUUACACGCUAUCGCGUUUCCACGACGCUGAAGGUAAAAGUUGUUUGACAACACACGGUGUUUUUGAUAGUGCUGCAUGGAAGGUGUCCCAGGAGCUUGGUACUGUUCUCGAGAGACUGAAGGCAAAGUACUUUCCGAUUGAGUUUGACCCACAUAUAACAAUUGCUGAAAAAAUUCCUCAUAUGGAAAACUGGUGGAGAACUUCCCACGAACAUAUCAUCAAAACUGGUUUUACGAAGCAAACGAUUCAAAAAUUUGUUUCCGAAGCAAAGCUCGAAUUAAAGGAAGGAGCUGAGGAGUUUGUGCUAUCGCUGCAUAACCAUAACGUACCUUUAAUUAUUUUUUCUGCUGGCAUAGGAAAUGUAAUUGACUUUUUUUUGCAAAAAAAACUUGGCGAGUAUCCAAGUAAUGUGCAUAUUGUCUCAAACAUGAUGAUAUAUGAUGAAAACGAUGUAGCAGUUGCAUUUAGCGAACCUCUUAUUCACACAUUUUGUAAGAACAGUGCUAUUAUUAAUGGUCAUGGGUCGUUGUUCCAUGAAAUUUCAUCGCGAACAUGUGUUUUAUUAAUGGGCGACUCUCUAGGAGAUUUGAAAAUGGACGUAGGUCUGGAAUGUGAACAAGUUGCAUUAAAAAUAGGUUUUCUGAAUUAUAAUGACGAAACAUUGUUAGCCAAAUAUUUGGAUGGAUAUGAUAUCGUUUUAUUGGAUGAUCAGACUAUGCAUGUGCCUCGUUUAAUUCUCAAUUCCAUAUUCGAAACAGAUAGAAAUGAAAAGAAUCUAAGGACAGUUGCUCCUGUAAGUACUGUAGUUCCUGUACCGACGACUACAGUUCUACCCGCUGUUGUUGCUUCGGGAGAAAAUGCAGUAAUUGAAUAUGAAAUACCUCCUUGGGCAGGAAGACCACCAAGUGGAUGUCAUCUUGAUGUUUUGAAAGGUGAUCAGUUGAUUCAGAAAUUAAUGAUUGAUGAAAAGCGUGCCUAUUUUUUUGGUCGUAAUCCGAAGCAAUGUGAUUUUGUGGUAGAACAUGCAUCAUGCUCCAGGGUGCACGCUGUUUUGAUUUAUCAUAAAUUUCUGCAACGAUUUGCGCUUGUGGACAUGAAUAGCUGUCAUGGCACCUUUGUUGGUAAAGUUCGCAUUGGGCCAAAGCAACCAAUUUUCAUAGAUAUUGCCAGCAUAUUUCAUUUUGGUGCGUCCACGAGGAGAUAUAUAUUGCGGGCAAAACUUGAAUCGGGCAAUGAUGACGAUGAAGGAAAUAAAGAUUUACUGCCAGAGGAACAUGAGCUCGAGAACCUAACUGAGUAUAACACAGCGCUAAAUAGACGAAUACCAGUCAUACCAAUUUCACUGGAAGAUGCGCGGCGGAAAAAAAGACCACGUGGGAAUGUUGCAUUUAUUGAAGAAGAAACCAUAAUUAAUCCAGAAGAUGUUGAUCCAACAGUAGGACGUUUUCGAAAUUUGGUUGCUACUGCAAUUAUAUCAACAAAACGAAAACCUUCGGAAGAGGGAACUGAACAAAGAACUAAGGAAGGUCCUACCCAGAAGAAGAUUUUGAGACCUGGACGCUUAUAUGCGAAAAGUUUACCGGAGCCCACCUCUGGACAUGUUGGGCCUUUCGUUCAGGGAACACAUCGAAUACAUGACAAUGAAGAUGGUGAUGCACCUCACAAGAAGAAAUAUGCCAAAGAAUCGUGGCCAGGCAGAAAAUCGAAUCAGAGCCGAGUUCUGGCAUAA